AUCCAUCAUCGAUGCUGCCGCACAGCGAUCCAGAAAGCAAUGGCAAGCCCUGCAGAUUCAGCAGAGCAGCGGGCUGCGAAGAGGAAAUCCCACCGGAAAUCCCGAAACGGGUGCUUCCAGUGCAAACAGCGCCACACAAAGUGCAACGAAACACACCCGCGAUGCGCAAACUGUAGGAGACUCGACAUUGAAUGCACGUGGCCUGCGCGCGAGAGGUUUUCGUCGACUUACCCGACCCCGCCCGAGAGCCAUGGAGCUGUGCUAGUUGAGAACCAGCCUUUUGCCAAUUCGGAACUUUCGGUGGACACUUUUGGGUCUGAGAUGAGCAUCGCUGAUCUACGUCUGUUGCAUCACUGGACAGCAAAAGCUUGCAACGACAUGAGCCCAAACUUGAAAAGACGCGAGGCCUGGAGAAUCAGCCACGUCGAAAUUGCAUUGGAGCAUCCAUUCCUUCUUCGGGGCCUCCUUGCUGUUGCUGCAGUCCACAAAGUACUGAGCGACACAAACGCCGAUAAAAGUAACCUCCUCCUCCAGGCAGAUAGCCACAUUAGCAAGGCUCUUACGACAUACCGACAAAACCUCGAAAACCCGACGACCGAAACAGCAAUUCCAAUGUUUAUUCUAUCCACGGUCCUGGUAGUCUACCACCUUGCGACUGCACAGCUGGAAGCACCAGAAGAUCCUGUCAAUGCAAUGACCCAUUGCUUUCGAUUGAUACAGGGUGUUUUGGUAGUGGUCGGUCCCAAUUUGGAUCAGCUCAAAGCUACACAGAUCUUCAAAGACAUGGUAGUCAUUCCAGCGACACCCGUAACAGAGCCUCCGAUAGAAGAAAUCGUCCGACUUAAGAGACUAACCGAGACGAAAAAGACGCCUGCAGGAGCAGUGUAUAUAGAGGCGAUUGACCAGCUGCACCAAUCAUAUCAGCAUACUCGCCAGAUUGCAGAAGGCGAUGAUAGGCUGUCAGUGGCCUUCACUUGGACAACAGAACUCUCUGAUCCCUUUACGCGUCUUCUCACUGCGCACGACCCCAUCGCCGUCUUGGUACUUUCACAUUUUGCGGCCCUAUUAUCCGAGUGCCAACGAGGCUGGUGGGUUCGCGAACUGCCGCAACGUAUAGUGGGAGCCGCGCAGAAGCUGUUGAUGUCUACCCCAGAGCUUCUUGAUUACCUGGAUUGGCCUCUGCAAACCAUCAACGCUAACAUUAUUUGAUGAACCCACUAGUGCGUGGAACAGAAUCAACUAUAGAAGACCACUGUCAUUCGAAUUUCGUGGCUGUGCGCUCAGCCCCUAUCACCCAGCCGGCAACCAACGUUGGAUGUAUGGAUCCUGUACACGUAAGCACGUCGUCAAAGUCAGUGCAAUCUGCGCAGUGACCGGUGCCUCUAUCGAUACGAAAACGACGUUUAUCUCGCAUACGCCUUGG